AUGAUUGCAUAUUAUCAUUUCGUGUUUGUUACAUUAUUUUUAUUAGCCGAUAUUAUUGAAUGUCAAAAAUAUGUUGUUUCAUUAGAGCCGGUAAACUGGUACCAGGCCCUAAUUAACUGCAAAAAUGCUGGAAUGGAAUUGGCCAGCAUACACUCGGAACAAGAACAAAACGACUUGGAUAAAUUCCUGCGAACAAAUGGAUAUGAUAAAGGUUAUUGGUUGGCUGGUACCAAAGAAGGAAACGGUCAAUUCUACUGGGCAACCACUGGUACCAAAAUGAUUUACACCAAAUGGCUAGAUGGACAACCGGACGAUGCUAAAUUCGACACCAAUUUCUACGAAGGAGAACAUUGCGUUUGCUGGGGAUUCCCCUCUUACCGACCAGAACCAAUUGGUUGGAACGACAUGACUUGCUUUAAUAAUAUUUCCUAUAUUUGCCAACGGUUUGAGUAUUGUUUUAUUUGA